AUGUGCUGUGGCUGGAGUCCCUUCUACGCCGAAGACACCCAGCAAAUGUACAAGAACAUUGCCUUUGGCAAAGUCAGAUUCCCUCGUGAUGCGCUCAGCACCGAAGGUCGCAACUUUGUCAAGGGUCUGUUGAACAGAAACCCCAAGCACCGACUGGGAGCCAACGGUGACGCCAAGGAGCUUAUGGAGCAUCCCUUCUUCUCCGACAUCAACUGGGACACACUCUGCCGCAAGCAGGUCAUUCCUCCUUUCAAGCCCCAGCUCCAAUCCGACACCGACACCUCGAAUUUCGAUCCCGAGUUCACCAAUGCCCUUGAAAUGAACAACUCUUUGAACCUUCGCGCCGCAGCUCUGGCCAAUGGUCUUAUGCCCGCAUCCACUCCUCUCUCCCCUGGUAUGCAGGCCAACUUCAAGGGGUUCACCUUUGUGAAUGAGAGCUCCAUCGACCACCACCUUAUGGACGACAGUGACCAUAUGGAGGAAGACGGCCUCCACGACCAUGAAUGGCAACGAGGCCAUCGAUCCGGCAACUCCGUCAGCUCCGUCGACCAGCGCAUGGCAGGCUCCCACAAGGCGCACGACGGCACUGAAUCCGGGAUCUUCAACGUUGACGAUACUUUUGACAUGUGA